CAGUAUUCGAAACGGGAAAGAAAACAAAAACGACAGUCAGAAAGAGGGAAAAGAAAAGAAACGAAGAAAGAUUUUUUUUCAACAAACAACACUUUUCGAACUUUGAAUAUAAGUGCUGGCUGGGAUCUUGGAUGGAGUGAGUGUUGAGCCCUAGUGAGAUGACCGACCAGGGCAACAACAACCAGAACAUCUCCUGCAACCCCUUUGCUGCUCUCUUCAGCUCACUGGCUGAUGCCAAGCAGUUUGCAUCAGGCCAGAAACCACAACAGGUGUCUGCUGAACCACCAUGUCAGACUGUAUCUUGUUUCACAGUGGAGGACUCGGGAGAGAGCCAGUCAGAGUCAGAAAACUCUGUGUCAGACAGCGUUGAUGACAAUGACGACUCCGUGGCAGAGAUCAGCCGCUCCUUUCGGUCCAGGCAGGAGCUGUGUGAACAGCUCAAUGUCAACCACAUGAUCCAGCGAAUAUUUCUCAUCACUCUGGACAACAGUGACCCCAGUUUGAGAGGAGGUAAUGGGAUCCCUCCUCGCUGUGUUUACUUGGAGGAGAUGGCUGCAGAUCUGGAUGGACAGGACUGGCUGGACAUGGACAACAUAGAACAGGCUCUGUUUAACCGUCUGCUGCUGCUAGAGCCAGGAAAUCACCUCAUCUACAUGACGUCAUGCAGUGCUGUUAACUUGUCGGCUGACCGUGAUGCCGGAGAGAAGAGUGCCAUCCCUUAUCUUUUUGCUUGUUACCAGAGGGCCAAAGAGGAGGUGACGAAGGUACCAGAGAAGUUACUGUCGUUUGCUGUUCACUGUAAGAACCUGACGGUUUCUAACACACGGACGGUCCUGCUCACUCCAGAGAUCUACAUCAGCCAGAAUGUCUAUGAACAGCUUUUGGACCUGCUGCUGGAGGAUUUAAAUGGAGCACAGCCAGAGGAGGUGGUUGAGUUUGUGGAGGAGGUCAUUGCUGGCAUACUCUCUGACCAGGAGGUUCGUACCUUUGAGGAGGUGAUAGUUCCAGUGUUUGAUAUCUUCCAGGGACGCAUCAAAGACUUGGACCUGUGCCAGCCUCUCCUGUACUCCUACCUAGAUGUUCUGCUCUAUUUCAGCCACCAUAAAGAUAUUGCCAAGGUACUGGUGGAACACAUUCAGCCGAAAGACCCAGCUAAUGGUUUACAGUACCAGAAGAGCCUGCUGGGAGCGGUGUUGAGUAUCUCCUGCUUGUUGAAAACCCCAGGUGUGGUGGAGGGACAUGGCUACUUCCUGAACGCCUCCCGCUCCAGUGCCCAGGAGACCAAGGUCCAGGAGGCUAACAUCCACCAGUUUAUGGGCCAGUUUCAUGACAAGCUGCACCAGAUCUUAAAAAACUUGCUCCAGCGAUCUGGUGAGACACGGCACUUGCUGCUCUCGUGGUUGGGCAGCUGUCUGCAGGCUAAUGCUGGCCGGGCCAAGAUAUGGGCCAAUCAGAUGCCAGAGAUCUUCUUCCAAAUGUAUGCCUCAGAUGCAUUCUUCUUAAACUUGGGUGCAGCACUGCUGAAGCUGUGCCAGCCCUUCUGCAGGCCACGUUCGCCCAAACUGCUCACAUUCAACCCUACCUACUGCGCCCUCAAAGAGCUGAGCGAAGAAGAGAGGCGCAAUCGCAAUGUGCACGCAACAGGACUCGACAAGGAAACCUGUCUGAUUCCUGUGCCCCCGCAGCAGCCGGUGGAGUCUGCACAGUCCUACAGCCUGCUAACUGAAAACCUCAUCCUCACACAACUCACCCUGCAUCUUGGCUUCCACAGACUCCAUGACCACAUGGUGAAGAUGAACCAGGAUCUCCACCGGCUCCAGGUGUCGUGGCAGGAGGCCCAACGAACAGGCAACCCGAUGUCAGAGCAGCUUCGGGAGCGGUUUGAGGGUCUGAUGAUUAUUUAUCUGUCAACCAAAGCUGCCACCACGCAGCCUGCCAUGCUGCAAUGCUGCCUUAACCUCCAAGCUUCCACCGGUGCUCUACUGGUUCAGCUUGGUAUGGGGAACCAGGGGCCUGAACAUGUAGCACUCAGUUUUCCCCUGCCUUCCCUGCAGAAUACUAUGCUGUGCUAUGUACCAGAGUUUUUUGCAGAGAACUUGGGAGAUUUUUUCAUCUUCCUGCGUCGAUUUGCGGACGAUGUUUUGGAGACUUCUGCAGAAAGUCUGGAGCAGAUUCUUAACUUCAUCACUGUCUUCAUGGGUAACGUAGAGAGGAUGAAGAACCCUCAUUUAAGAGCAAAGCUUGCAGAGGUCUUAGAGGCGGUGAUGCCCCACAUGGAGCCGGUGGCUCUUGGUGCUGUUCAACCAAUUGUGUUUCAGCGAGAGAGAGUCUUCUGCACCUACAGGCUUGCACCUCAGCUGGCUGAGGCCCUCAUCACUGUGUUUGUAGACAUUGAAUUCACAGGUGAUCCUCAUCAGUUUGAACAGAAGUUCAACUACAGAAGACCAAUGUAUCCCAUCCUCAAGUACAUGUGGGGCAAAGAGAGCUAUAGAGAGAGUAUCAAGCAUUUGGCGCACUACGCAUCUGAGAACCUGGAGGCCAUGAACCCCCCUCUGUUCCUCAGGUUCUUCAACUUACUGAUGAACGAUGCCACCUUCCUGCUGGAUGAAGCUAUUCAGUACCUGAAGAAAAUCAAGACUCUGCAGCUGGAGCGGGAUCGGGGGGAGUGGGAAGGCCUGGCCCCCGAUGCUCGAAGAGAGAAGGAGUCCAGUCUGCAGAUGUUUGGACAGCUGGGACGCUUCCAUAACAUCAUGUCUAAUGAGACCAUCGGCACACUGGCCUUCCUCACCUCAGAGAUCAAGGGGAUCUUUGUGCACCCCUUCCUGGUUGACAGGAUCAUCUCCAUGCUGAACUACUUCCUGCAGCACCUAGUGGGCCCCAAGAUGGGUGCCCUUAAAGUCAAGGACUUCAGUGAGUUUGACUUCAAGCCCCAGCAGCUUGUUUCUGACAUCUGCACCAUCUACCUGAAUCUGGGUGAUGAGGAGAAUUUCUGUGCUACAGUCCCAAAGGAUGGACGAUCGUACUCUCCUACCCUGUUCUCCCAAACAGUUAGGGUACUGAAGAAGAUAAACAAGCCUGGGGACAUGAUAAUGGCUUUUGGAGUCCUUGCUGACAAAAUAAAGUCCCAUGCAGACCGACAGCAGCAGGAAGAGGAGACAUAUUCAGAUGCCCCAGAUGAGUUCUUAGAUCCAAUCAUGUCCACUUUAAUGCUGGAUCCUGUUCUUCUCCCUUCCUCCAAUGUCACGGUUGACCGCUCAACUAUAGCAAGGCAUCUCCUCAGUGACCAGACGGACCCUUUCAACCGCAGUCCUCUAACCAUGGACCAGAUCAGGCCAAACGAGGAGCUCAAACAGCAGAUUUUGCAGUGGCUGGAUAAGCAUAAGCAGGAGAGGCUGCAGCUGGGACCCAGUGGCUAGCCGUGGCCUCUCGCUGUGACAAACGAUGACUGCAUCCUUGUUUCCUUUCCUGGCUCACUUCUCGCGUGCUCCUCUGCUUCUUGGCUAAUCCAUGGUGUGCUUGCCUCUGUGGAUUUCCUCCGACUCCUCCGGUCCGACUAACAUUGCAUUAGCCUUUUCACGCAGCCUUCAUGCUCAGUGGAUUCUCUCUGUGACAACAGUCCAGGCAAACUGUAGCCCACCGGCUGGUGACAACUUCCAUGCACAGUAGCUGUUCAACUCUCAUGAUGCCCUGUGGUAACAAUAGUAGGGUGAUUAAACCUCUCCCAGAAUACUGUGUACUAAUUAAUUAUUAUUGCAAUCAGAACUGUGGCCAGAAGUAUCGUUUCAACAGGACUUGUUGAAUGUACUAUUUGAACUCCUGACAGACCAGCUGGCCCCAACCAGAUUUUAUACUGCAAGGUAAGUAUUUUUGGGAACUCUUAAGGCAGAACAUGGAUGGGAUCGUUUCUGACUUGAUUUGACCAUCAAUACAUUAUGCACUGCCUUUUUAAAAUCUUGAGCACCCUAUAUUUUAGCACUUUUGGUUUAACUUCAUGCAGCAUUGUAAAUAAAAUAGCAAUUAAAAGUAAGGCAUGAGUAAAACUGAACUUAAUUGUGUGGGACUUUUAUUUUAGUGGAAAUAAUCUAGAUGUACUUGGAGAUGUUCGCUGUAAUAAGAAACCUGUAUCAUACAAUCUUACUUUGAAAUCUGCACUUACACAUGUAAUGAUAACAGUCGUAACAUCUUAAGGUGCACUUGCCUUCAGUCAAGCACUAAUUAAAGAGCUUGUUAUCUUAGAACUUGCUAUUUAACAUUUGUUGGAUAUAAGGAUUUGAAUUAAUGUUAACCACGUUUGAAGGAUGAAGAACAUACAAACAAAUUAAGUUUACCUAAAAAGUCCAGAAUGUGUACUGAAAUUGCUUGAUUGUUGCAUGUGGCCUUGAUGGACACCAUUGUUCCAUCUGUAAAUGUACGAGCUGUUCACAGCAGUUACAAAUGAACACCAAUUGACAGUGGUCAAUUCAGGGACAUCUGAAAAAGCAAACAAACAAAUAGUGUAGUAUCACAGUAUCAGAAAUGGAAGUGUUAGAUCCUUGGGAAAUUACUUUGCUCACAUACUGUAACUUCAGGGCAUUCAAUCGUUUCCAACUGGACCUCGUCAGUUUGUCUUAGAAGACGCCUACCUAGUCAGACUACAUAGGACAGCUCUAGUCUGACUAGAGCUGUCCUAUCUAGCCAGUAUGAACUGAUGAAGCCUGCUCGGAUGAGAGACGAAACGUCUUCCAAGACAAACUGACGAGGUCAAGUUGCGAACGAUUGAAUGCCCUGAAGCUUACAAUGACCUGGAUGAACGAGAAUAUUCACAGGCAUACUGUAACUGUAAAUGUGUCUCCGAUUUUAGAAAGUGCCCUUCAAAGUUACACAUGACAUGAUAUGGCCGUGCACUGGCUGAAUCAUACUCCUAAUGACAGGGAACCAUGCUUCACAAUAUAUGUACGAUGUCUAUUUUUACUAAAAAAUAAGAGAAACGACUAGUUAGCUGACUGAUUUGUGUGCAUUUUUGACUGAGCUGAAUGGUUUCUCAGGUGGAUAUUUCCAAAGUCAAAACUCAUGGUGAAACAUGAGCUUGCAAACACAUGUAGCUAAGUUAUUUCCAACAAAAACAAACCUCACAAUGUUUUCUCAGUGCACUUAUGUCAACCAAAAAAAAAGCCAAAAUAUCGGGUGUUCAAUCAUUAUUGACUGGCAGUGUCUAUAAUAGUCAUUGUCAUCCUUUGAAUUAACAUUCAGCAGAUUAACUGAUGUAUCCUGAUCUACCAUUUUGAACAGAUUUUUUGUUGUGUGCAAGCAUAGUGUAUUAACGUGGGCAAACAGUUGAUCAGUAGAAUCGGUGCCUAAAACCAAGAGCCUUGCAGCAAAUGUCAGCGAAUGAGGAUCUGACUUGUUUCAUACUCUUAAGAGACAUAAUUAUGAGUUUGUUUCUUUAGGGCAUAUAGGGAGCUGCGGAUAGAAUAUGAAAGAAAGACGAGCAGAAAAAGACAACCUGUUUUUUGAGAAGCUUUUUGAAUUAAAGACUUAAUUCAGAAUCAAGUGUAGUUGUACAAAAAUGGCUAAAUGGGAGAGACGGAUUACUGUAUGUAGUUGUUGGCAUGCCCUCAUACUGUAUGUUGAAUAUCUACCACCUGAAUGAUUACAUGGGUUAAAUUAUAAUGCAAUAUUUUUGUUUUAAUUGUGAUUAUAAAAUGUUUAUUUUGGAUGUACAGUAUGAUUCAGAAAUAAAACUAAUGCGUUAUAUAAGACAAUUAUGUUGUCUUUCAGAAAUAUGGCAGAUUUCAAUCCAUUGCAAUAAACUUAUA